AUGGCGACCUUCUUCGGGGAGGUGGUGGUGGCGCCCUCCCGCGCCGGCGUGGACGACGACGAGGCGGCCGAGGAGACGCUCGAGGACCGCGAGAUCCGCAGGGAGCUCGAGAAGAAAAGGGAGGUCGAGGUGCAGUGGAGCUGGGGAGCGGGGGCGUCGGCGCAGGGCGCUGCGGACGAGCCCGUUUCCUGCUCCAAGCUGGUCGUAGCCGUGGGACAUAACGCCGCAGCUUUCCUGUCGUCUUUUAUCCUGGAUUCUGUUUGCUGGGAAGUUGUUGGAGUUGUGAAAUUGUGGAAUGAAUGGUGUCGAACAUCCAGCACAACAAACGUCCUCCCAACCGAUUCUUUCUGCUUGUUCUAUCGAUUAAUAUCAGACCCAACUGUUUUAUUGUGUCAGUGCAGUUGUUAUGUGGCUGAGGAUCAACAGUUCCAGUGGCUUGAAAAGGUUUUUGGCUGCAUCAGAAAGGAAGGCUUGCAAGUAACCAUUCUUUCAACGUGUCCUGUAGCUGAAUAUAAAACUCAGGAAUCCACUUUAACACUUCCAUCGCCUUUUCUGAAAGCUCUAAAGACAAAAGAAUUCAAAGAACCAGUCUGCUGCCCACUGCUGGAACAGCCGAACAUCGUGCGAGACCUGCCUGCUGCUGUUCUGAGUUAUUGUCAAGUAUGGCAGAUUCCUGCAAUAUUGUAUCAGUGCUACACGGAUGUCAUCAAACUGGACACGGUUACAGUUGAAGCAUUCAAGCCUCUGCUUUCCUCUGGAAUCUUCAAGAGUUUAGUUAAGGAUACCUCUGAGAGCACGAAGAUUUUGAAGAAGUUGCUGACAACGAAUGAAACUCACAGUAAUAUCUAUAUAUAAAAAAGACAUUUAUGACAUAGACUCAAUUUUGUGAACUCCAUUUUCUUCUGCAAAGGAGAUAUUGGAAUUGUAGUUGUUUCCUUAAAAGUGGAAUAAAUUUUAAUAGACUUUAGCAGUUAUUUUUGUUAAUCUUGAACAUAUUUGUAGUGAUCAAUUCAU